UUGAAGAUUCCCUGGUUGGAAAGAACACGCUUCAAACUAAAAAAAAAUCAAGAUCUCACACAGUAAUGUCAGCAAAAAAAUCGAACUUACGAGACUAGGAAUGUUCCGGACACAUCACCGUGAAAGCCUGUGUUGCCAGGACCAUCUACUCAACUUUACUGGGACCACACAUGCAUACUGAGUCCGGACGCCGCUCCGUGUCAGCGCCGACAGAUACCCUCACUGCGAGACUGCCACUCCCGAGGAUGCCGGCUGCAUUCCGCCAGUAAGCAAAAAAACUACAUUAAUGGCACACAGGGUGGAAAAGUAUCGUCCCCAAACACUUGAUGAUUUGAUCUCCCAUCAGGAUAUCCUGAGUACAAUUCAAAAGUUUAUAAGUGAAGACAAACUGCCCCACCUUUUAUUCUAUGGACCUCCUGGAACUGGCAAAACUUCCACAAUCCUUGCCUGUGCAAAACAGCUUUAUAAAGAUAAAGAGUUCAACGCUAUGGUUUUAGAGUUAAAUGCAUCUGAUGAUCGUGGCAUAGAUAUUGUCAGAGGCCCCAUAUUAAGUUUUGCCAGCACAAGAACAAUAUUUAAAAAAGGCUUUAAACUUGUGAUCUUGGAUGAAGCAGAUGCAAUGACUCAAGAUGCACAGAAUGCUUUGAGACGAGUGAUUGAGAAGUUCACAGAGAACACUAGAUUUUGUAUGAUUUGCAAUUACUUGUCAAAGAUCAUCCCAGCUUUACAGUCCCGAUGCACAAGGUUUCGCUUUGGUCCUCUGAGUUCUGAAAUGAUGGUCCCCAGGCUGGAAUAUGUUGUUCAGCAGGAAAAUGUGGAUAUUGCUCCAGAUGGAAUGAAGGCCUUGGUGACCCUGUCUAGUGGAGAUAUGCGUAGAGCUCUAAAUAUACUGCAGAGUACAAACAUGGCUUACGGGAAAGUGACAGAGGAUACAGUAUAUACCUGCACUGGUCAUCCACUGAAAGCAGACAUUGCCAAUAUUCUGGAUUGGAUGCUCAACAAGGAUUUCAGUACUGCAUACAAAAAUAUUAUGCAACUGAAGACUCUCAAAGGCCUGGCUCUUCAUGACAUUCUCACUGAAGUACAUGUCUAUGUACACAGAGUGGAUUUUCCAGCGUCUGUUCGAAUACAUUUGUUAACAAAGAUGGCUGAUAUAGAGUACAGACUGGCUUCUGGGACUAGUGAGAAGAUUCAGCUUAGCUCCCUAAUAGCUGCGUUCCAGGUCACCCGAGACAUGAUUGCUGCGGAAGCUUAGAGUGGGAUGUGGCAACUUGACAGAUGUGUGGUCAAGGUUACUCAAGGACAAUACAAAAACUGUAACUAGAACAUACAUGGGUUGUUCUAUUUUUGGAACAGAGACUGGAUGUUUGCAGUUGCAAGAACAUUUGGGAACAGCUCGUAUACUGCAUGGUCCCUGGGGGCAUGAACAUUACAUUGCCUGACGGGUUCAAUGCAGAAAUAAAUAAAAUGAAUAUAUUUUUUUUCUUGAAGUUAUUUUUAAGAAUUGUGGUCACUGCACAGUGCUGGGUCAGGAGUGCACUGUAUAAAACGACUUUUAUUUAUUUUUAUUUUUUUGCAUGCGUUGCAAAAGACACAUCCUGUGCUGGGAGGUUUCCUUAUCUGACUUCUACCAUAUUGUGAACUCCAUAAAAUGUAUUGCCCCACAACAUUGCACAAUUCCAUUAUUUUUUCCUUUUACCCUACAUAUCUUUUUAACAAAAAUUUUUCUUUUCCAUCCCUGUGGAUGGGGAAUCUCUACCCAGAGAUUUUCUGGGUGUAGAUUCCAUCUUUGCCGGGCGUCAGGAGAGCAAGCUGGCGCUAGGAUAGCUCAGAAUAAAUAGCAAUGCAUUUCCAAGCAGAUAUUACCUAAAGUAUGAACAAGUUAAUUCUUUUGGUGGAGUCUGAGAUCCAGAAUUUCUGCUUUAGAACAUCUGCCAUGGAAACAAUGGGAGGCUGCUGCACUGUAGAUUCUGCAGCAAAAAUAAAGUCUUAAACCAAAACCGCCUCCAUUUUUGGCUGGAGAACUUCAUUUGCUUUCAUGGAGCUCUUGUGUGGUGUCAAAAUCCUAAAUAUACUUCAAUCUCCCCAAAAUACAUUGCCCUAAGUCAAGUUGUCUGUAUGGCUUCUUCUGCUUUAGGGCCUCAUGUCUUAUAUAUCGGCUAACAGGUGAUUCCAGGAGUUCUCCAAAGUUAAGACUGCUGCAAUGAGUUUUUAUGAAGAACAUAAGAUUAUUCUUUUUUCAGGCAGACCCCAGUUAGGAUAAUAUGUACAUAUUGAACUAUUACAGUAGUCCCUCAAGUUUCAAUAUUAAUUGUUUCCAAGACGACCAUUGUAUGUUGAAACCAUUGUACGUUGAGGCCAUAAGUCUAUGGAAACCUGGUAAUUGGUUCUGAAGCCUCAAUGUCAUCCAAAAAUAGGGGA